GUGCGAUGAUGACGGUAUAGGGCAGGGAGGAGGCGACGGGGCCGGGGAGGCGGCGGCGGCAGCGGUUGCCGCAGGAGGGGGGCGGCGCGGGGCGGCGGGCAGCACCUCGCGGGCGCCGGCCGUUGCCAGAGCCAACACAUAAUCAGCCAAACUGAAUCAAGAGGAAGGAGAAUAUUUGCGAAGGCUCCCAGCAUCUCAUGAAUGAACUAACGGAACUCGAUAAUGCUGGUUCUCCAGAGCCAGGUCUACGGCUCAGAAAAGGACACAUGUCUGACGCUACAACAUCACAGACAGCCUUUGAAGAGGACAGCUCUGAGCAGAGGCUUCUUUUAGUGGAGCCACCUCUGUCUUCUGACCAGGAAAAUUGUUCUGAGGAUUAUAAACACAACGAUGAGUCACCUCAAGAAGAUGAAGGGUUUAUGGGUAUGUCACCUCUUCUACAAGCCCACCAUGCUAUGGAGAGAAUGGAAGAAUUUGUGUGUAAGGUAUGGGAGGGCAGAUGGAGAGUCAUUCCCCAUGAUGUUCUGCCUGACUGGCUAAAGGACAAUGACUACCUGUUGCAUGGACACAGACCACCCAUGCCUUCUUUCCGGGCUUGUUUCAAGAGUAUCUUCAGAAUACAUACAGAGACUGGUAACAUCUGGACACAUCUUCUAGGAUGCGUGUUCUUUCUUUGUCUGGGAAUCUUCUACAUGUUCCGGCCAAACAUGUCCUUUGUAGCACCUGUGCAGGAGAAAGUGGUCGUUGGAUUGUUCUUCUUGGGAGCCAUACUCUGCCUCUCCUUCUCAUGGCUCUUCCACACAGUUUAUUGCCACUCUGAAGGUGUUUCCCGGCUCUUCUCCAAGCUGGAUUAUUCUGGCAUUGCACUUCUCAUAAUGGGCAGCUUUGUACCAUGGUUGUACUACUCCUUCUAUUGCAACCCUCAGCCUUGCUUCAUCUACUUGAUUGUGAUUUGUGUCCUGGGCAUUGCAGCCAUAAUUGUCUCACAAUGGGACAUGUUUGCAACCCCUGAAUACCGGGGUGUAAGGGCAGGAGUAUUUCUAGGUCUGGGUCUUAGUGGGGUUAUUCCCACCCUGCACUUUGUCAUCUCUGAGGGGCUCCUGAAAGCAGCCACAAUGGGGCAGAUAGGCUGGCUGGCACUCAUGGCAUGCCUGUACAUCACUGGUGCUGCACUAUAUGCUGCCCGCAUCCCGGAGAGAUUCUUCCCUGGCAAGUGUGACAUCUGGUUCCACUCCCAUCAGCUGUUUCACGUCUUUGUAGUGGCUGGUGCUUUUGUGCACUUCCACGGAGUUUCAAAUCUCCAGGAGUUCCGUUUCACAGUUGGAGGAGGCUGCACAGAGGAAGAAGGGAUGCAGUAAAACCAGCCUUCAGCCCAAGAUCGUAACCAAAACAGUACCGCAAGUGCGGUUGAAGCAUACAGGCUAGCAAAAUGAAUACCUAAGAAGAAUCCAUGUUUCAGCUGAUGGGACACGGAGCUUCAUGGGGAUUCUGACUAACCAAGACAAAUUCUAUACCUCAAGCAAUGGAAUGAAUCAAUUUGAAGACCAGGAAAUUCUGAAACCCUAACUUAUUCUUGGGAUCUACAGAUUGAGCUACAGAGGACCCUUUCCAAAUCGGCUUCUGUUCAAUGCCAUAUUUAUUUGUAGAACUGGGGAGGGAUAGCUUAGCAGUUUCCUUUUUUUU